AUGUUUCAUUGGUUUCCGGUGGAACCAAGUCUGCUCUCAGCAACGGUCCUUGUUUGUUUUGCUUGUCAAAUUAGCGAGCAAUCAUCACUAUCAUUAUCAUCAUUAUCGAUCGUAUCAUCUUUAAUAUCGCCAAACCUACCAAUGUCGUCGUUAUCAUCACUAAUAGUACCAUGUUCUUCUGGAAAUUAUUUAUCUGAAGUGAACCAAGAACUGUUUUUUGCUAAACGAUCUAUCGAUAAGAAACGUCUAAUUCAAACUCAUCACAGUACCAAAUACAAUGUUAGAUUUGGCAGAUUAAGUAGCAGAUCCACUCUUUCUAGUGAUACAGAACGCAGAAAUGUCCGAAAAAGAAGAGCUACUGAUCAAGAUUGCAGUGCCGGAUUAUGUUGCUUGAAAAGUAUAUAUUUUGAUUUCCAUGAACACGGUAUGGACAAUAUCAUCAGGCCAUCAGGAUUCAAUAUGAAUUUUUGUGACGGCGAGUGCAAUAUACAAAUUGGAACUAGUGAUCGUGAUGCGUUAAUUUUGCAAGACGGAAUAAAUCAUCCAGAAAGUCCAUUCCUGAAAAGACUUUCAUGUUGUGUACCGAUUAGAUGGUCAUCAGUUGAGAUUGUAGAAGAAAGAAAUGGUACUGAAUUUGAUCGUAUAUUGGAAAAUGUGAAAGUGAUGGAAUGUGGCUGUGCAAUCUAG